AUGGAGUCUUCGAAUAUCAUGUCCGGACUGCCGGACGACUACAUCACCCAUCCAUUUACCAGUCUCAGUAAACUGAAUAUCGAGGCGGAGAGGGUACUUGAGAGACUGAACCAGAAUGACGAUGCAGGAAAUCAGUAUAUCCUUGUGCUUAAUCUACCUCGAGCCAUUCGCACUCACCUAGAUGAAGACAAGAAUGUCUUGCAGGGCAUUAACUUUCGGUUGAUGUUUGACGGAACCACUGCGCUGAUCAAGAUCGUCCCGUCCCAUCCCCAUGAAUAUGCGACCUCUCGGCUCCGCGACAACAUAACCUUCUCCGCCGUUUUGGCUGGGAUGUCGAUGGAUGACAUCUUAUGGAGCGGGAAGACGACCCACAGGCCAAGCGUGGCUGCAAACAAGGGAAAGGAAGCGGAUGAUUGUUUCAUACCACCAACCCGACAGGCCGGACGAAAUCAGCCGCCAGGUUGGCCUUCGCUGGUGAUUGAGACCGGCGUCUCCGAGUCCUUGACCAGGCUCCGCCAAGACGCGCGGUGGUGGUUUGAGAACUCCGAAGGGGCCGUUCGCACCGUGAUUCUGCUCAGCAUUAAACGGACCUGUGGGACCAUUCUGUUGGAGAAGUGGCAGCUCAGUCCUCCCGGUCAGCCUGUUACUCCAGCGCAGGCUCAUGGACAUCCAGCAGAUGACCAUACCGCCAAUGCCGCCUCUCGGACUGGAACAGACCGCCAACCAACAUCCGUUCAUAGCGCAGACAACUACCAUUACACCAACCAACGCUACCGGAAGUCUCCCCAUUCAUAUUCAUUACCAGGCACUACUUGA